CACUGAUCAAGUUAAAUCAUGAGAAAAGUAUUCAACAUGUCUAGCCUUGCCAUUCCAAUCUUUCUUCUUUUCCUCUUGAAUUUCUUCUCUCAAAUGGAAGUGGCAUUUUCUGCUACAAUUCCUCCCUCAGUUUCCUCCUCUCAACUUGAAUUCUGGUCAGAAAAUGUGGUCAACUCCAUGCCAGAAGCAUUUGCAUCAAAACUCUCUCCACUGUCUGACCAAGAUUCCACUCUUAAUUCCUUCUUUGCUUCUUCCGCAUCUACUGCAGAAUCCUUUAAUACUAAAGGAUUUUGUUCCACGGCUAAUUUGGCUUGCACCCCAUUACCAGCAAGUAUCUUAGGCGUUGUCAAAGAGACAGUAAUUCUAAGUGGAUAUGGAGUUUCCCCUUAUAAAAGUCGUAUUAAUUCACAUGAUGAUGAUGGAUCAGUUGAUCCCAACUUCUUCUUUAGGCUUUCACCAGUUCUCCAAAAAGGGAAGCGAAUUCUGCUACCAAGCUUUGAUAAAAUAAGUCUUCCUCCUCGUUCAUUUCUUCCUUCCCAAAUUGCAACCAGAAUAUCCACCACGAAUUCAGCUGAUCUCCAUAAAUAUUUCCCAAAUCUAUUCGCUUCCCGGCCUAUGAAAGAAACCAUUGAAAGAAGCACCAGGUAUUGCAAUAUGCCAGCUAGCCCCGACCUAAAAGGCCAAGGCAAAAUCAUAAACUGUUUUAGUUCCAUCGACGGCAUCAUUGAUUUCUCGAAGAAAGCUUCGGGUGCGAAAAAGUUGCUCGCAUUGAGUACGAAAAGCACAAGAGGGUCAGGAAAAGAGCUUGAAAUUGGAAACAUCAAACAAUUCCAUGCUCAAAAAAUAGUGUCUUGUCAUGAAGUUUUCUUUCCAUUUGCGACCUACUUUUGUCAUUUGCUCUCUUCAUCGAAAGCUCGCCUUUACGCUGUUGAUUUUGUUGAUCCUCGAACGAAAGCUCAUGUUAACAGGAUCCUGGCAGUAUGUCACAUGGAUACAUCAAAAUGGCCAGCUGAACAUAUGGUUUUUAAGACCUUGAAAAUCUCUCCAGGAAAAGGCGAGGCUUGCCACUGGUACAGAAAAGACGAUCCUCUCUUCAUCGGCAGCAAUGGAGGAAAAAAGAAACUCUAAAUUAGGGUUUUUCACAUAUCAAUAAUGAUCACUAUCCUCUAUACUCGUACUAAGUUGUUGCAUGCAUGAAUGAUGUACGUAUUUAAAAAUUCCUGUGUGUGUGUGUGUGUGUAUGUGUGUUUCCUUUUUACCCAUUUCGAUGUUUCCAACAAGUUAAAAUUCCAGUGUGAAAAAAGAAUUUAA